AUGUCCUGUCAUGAAAGACUUUAAUUGUUCAAUAUAAAUAAUAAAGUAAUGUUAAGCGUGAAGAUUUUGUGUGCUUGAAAAUAUUUUUAAACUUUUGAUCGUAGAAUUAAUAAGUUUAAUUUAUUCAUCAUGAGUACGGCACAUAAUACAAAAAUACCAAAAUUACAUGUUCGUAAAACAUAUAGAAGAGAUACCAGCGAAGUCAGUUGUUGUUUAAAAUAUAUGAUAUUUGGUUUUAAUGUUUUAUUUUGGCUAUUUGGUUUAUUCCUCUUAACUGUUGGAAUCUGGGCAUGGAACGAAAAAGACGCAUUCAAUAAUUUAGGACGAACAACCAUCGCUCUUGAUCCGGCUUUCACAUUAAUUUGUGCUGGAACUGUUACAUUUAUAAUUGGUUUUACGGGCUGCAUUGGUGCUUUACGUGAAAAUACAUGUCUGUUAUCGUGUUACGCAAUAUUUUUAACGAUAAUAUUAGCGCUAGAAAUGACAGCAGGUGUUUUAGGUUUCAUUUAUAAAGAUUGGAUUAAGAAUAAAGUGAAAGAUGCUGGUAUUUUGGAAGCAUUCAUUGUACAUUACAGAGAAGAUCCAGAUCAACAAAAUUUAAUAGACUGGAUUCAAGAAGAUUGGUUACAAUGUUGUGGUAUUGUAGGCCCAAAUGAUUGGGACUUGAAUAAUUAUUUCAAUUGUUCAUCACAUACAGUUGGUAGUCGAGAAGCAUGUGGUGUUCCAUUUUCUUGUUGCAAAAGAAAAAUUAAUGAAAUUAUCAAAAACAAACAAUGCGGAUAUGAUGUACGGAAAUCCGGUUAUAAUUUUGAUGUGUCGAAGAUCAUUAACGAAACUGGUUGUAUUCAGGCGUUCCAUAACUGGCUCGAAUAUAAUUUAUUGACAAUUGCUUUUAUUGUAAUUAUGACUUUGUUCCUGCAGAUACUAGGAAUCUGUUUUGCACAAAACUUACGAGCCGACAUAUUUGCACAAAAAGCGAAGUGGCAUUGACAAUCAAGAAAGCCUACGGCAGUUUAACAACAAAUGUUUCUAUGUCUUCGUUUUAUAAAAUCAUUUGUUUGUCGUAGGUACUUAUAUCUAUUGGAAUUGACAAUACCAAAAUUCUAAUUAAUAGAAUUUGACUUUCUAUACCUAUUGUGGCCAAUUUUAUCAAAUAAUUUACAAGAAAAAAAAAUCUCAAUAGUUUUUAUCUAUUAACGAAAUUCAACUGAGCAAAGAUCAAUUACGAGAAAUAACUUUUCAA